AUGCUCGCUCAUUCCCCCCCCCCCAAUCCGUUCCCCUAUGCUCGCACGCUGCCGCACCCCGCCUAUCCGUUCCCCUACACUCGCACGCUGCCGCACCCCGCCUAUCCGUUCCCCUACGCUCGCACGCUGCCGCACCCCGCCUAUCCGUUCCCCUACGCUCGCACGCUGCCGCACCCCGCCUAUCCGUUCCCCUACGCUCGCACGCUGCCGCACCCCGCCUAUCCGUUCCCCUACGCUCGCACGCUGCCGCACCCCGCCUAUCCGUUCCCCUACGCUCGCACGCUGCCGCACCCCGCCUAUCCGUUCCCCUACGCUCGCACGCUGCCGCACCCCGCCUAUCCGUUCCCCUACGCUCGCACGCUGCCGCACCCCGCCUAUCCGUUCCCCUACGCUCGCACGCUGCCGCACCCCGCCUAUCCGUUCCCCUACGCUCGCACGCUGCCACACCCCGCCUAUCCGUUCCCCUACGCUCGCACGCUGCCGCACCACGCCUAUCCGUUCCCCUACGCUCGCACGCUGCCGCACCCCGCCUAUCCGUUCCCCUACGCUCGCACGCUGCCGCACCCCGCCUAUCCGUUCCCCUACGCUCGCACGCUGCCGCACCCCGCCUAUCCGUUCCCCUACGCUCGCACGCUGCCGCACCCCGCCUAUCCGUUCCCCUACGCUCGCACGCUGCCGCACCCCGCCUAUCCGUUCCCCUACGCUCGCACGCUGCCGCACCCCGCCUAUCCGUUCCCCUACGCUCGCACGCUGCCGCACCCCGCCUAUCCGUUCCCCUACGCUCGCACGCUGCCGCACCCCGCCUAUCCGUUCCCCUACGCUCGCACGCUGCCGCACCCCGCCUAUCCGUUCCCCUACGCUCGCACGCUGCCGCACCCCGCCUAUCCGUUCCCCUACGCUCGCACGCUGCCGCACCCCGCCUAUCCGUUCCCCUACGCUCGCACGCUGCCGCACCCCGCCUAUCCGUUCCCCUACGCUCGCACGCUGCCGCACCCCGCCUAUCCGUUCCCCUACGCUCGCACGCUGCCGCACCCCGCCUAUCCGUUCCCCUACGCUCAAAAUCCAGAAUGGCAGACAGGCAAGACAGCGGCCGCCAUAUCAGAAAACACAAGCCUCAAGAGGGUGUGCUAG